AUGGCGGCGGGGCGAGUGCCAGCCGGGCUGUGACAUGAAGAUGCUGCUGGUUUAGAGCGAAGGAACCGGUUUGGAGAAAGAGACAGAGAGAAAGGAGAAGGGAAAUCAAAAAUAAAAGGGGAGAGAGAGGAGAAAACAGCUGGAGGAAGGCGAAGGAGGACGUUAUUGAUGACAAAAGGAUGGGUUUCCAUGUGACCAGGCAGCGGGGAGGCUGCAGGGCGCUGCUGGGGCUGCUGCCCCUGGCGCUGCUGCUGGGGCUGGCGGGUGCCCAGCGUGCCUGCCCCAGGAGCUGCCGCUGCGACGGCAAGAUCGUGUACUGCGAGUCGCACGCCUUCCGCGACAUCCCCCACAACAUCUCCGGCGGCUCCCAGGGCUUGUCCCUGCGCUACAACAGCAUCCAGAGGCUCAAGCCCCACCAGUUCGCCGGCCUCAACCAGCUCAUAUGGCUCUACCUGGACCACAACUACAUCAGCUCCGUGGAUGAGGACGCCUUCCAGGGGAUCCGCCGGCUGAAGGAGCUGAUCCUGAGCUCCAACAAAAUCACCCACCUGCACAACAAGACCUUCCACCCCGUGCCCAACCUCCGCAACCUGGACCUGUCCUACAACAAGCUGCAGGUGCUGCAGGCGGAGCAGUUCAAGGGCCUGCGCAAGCUCCUGAUCCUGCACCUGAGGUCCAACUCGCUGAAAACCGUCCCCAUCCGCGUCUUCCAGGACUGCCGCAACCUCGACUUCCUGGAUCUGGGCUACAACCGCCUGCGCAGCUUGUCCCGCAACGCCUUCGCCGGCCUGUUGAAGCUGACGGAGCUCCACUUGGAGCACAACCAGUUUUCUAAGAUCAAUUUUGCCCACUUCCCGCGGCUCUUCAACCUCCGCUCCAUUUACUUGCAGUGGAAUAGGAUCCGCUCCAUCAGCCAGGGCUUGACGUGGACCUGGAGUUCCUUGCACAACUUGGAUUUAUCGGGCAACGACAUCGCAGGGGUAGAGCCCGGCACCUUCCAGUGCCUGCCCAACCUGCAAAAGCUGAACCUGGAUUCCAACAAACUCACCAACAUCUCCCAGGAGACCAUCAACACGUGGAUCUCGCUCAUCUCCAUCACCCUGUCCGGGAAUAUGUGGGAAUGUACUCGAAGCAUUUGCCCCCUGUUUAAUUGGCUUAAGAAUUUCAAGGGGAAUAAGGAGAGCACCAUGAUCUGCGCGGGCCCCAAACACAUCCAGGGCGAGAAGGUGAGCGACGCUGUGGAAACCUAUAACAUCUGCGCCGAAAUCCAGGUGGUGGCUACCGAAAGGUCCUACCAGGCUCCCAAAACCCCCCAGAGACCCGUGUUCAUCCCCAAACCCACCGUUUCCAAACUGGAGAGCCACCAGCCCACACCCGCCGUGCCAAGCCCUUCGGCAGACGUCCCGACGCCCGCGGUGGAGCCGGAGUACGAGCACGUGUCCUUCCACAAGAUCAUCGCGGGGAGCGUGGCCCUCUUCCUCUCCGUGGCCAUGAUCCUGCUGGUCAUCUACGUGUCCUGGAAGCGUUAUCCCGCCAGCAUGAAGCAGCUCCAGCAGCACACGCUCAUGAAGAGGCGCAGGAAAAAGGCCCGGGAGUCGGAGAGGCAAAUGAACUCCCCUUUGCAGGAGUAUUACGUGGACUACAAGCCAACAAACUCUGAGACCAUGGAUGUAUCCGUUAAUGGAUCUGGGCCCUGCACCUACACCAUCUCUGGCUCCAGGGAAUGCGAGGUCCCUCACCACAUGAAGACUUUACCCUACUACAGCUACGACCAGCCCGUGAUCGGCUACUGCCAGGCCCACAAGCCUCUCCACGUCAACAAGGGCUACGAGACGGUGUCGCGGGAGCCGGCGGAGCCCUCCGCCCUGGAGCUGGGCCGGGAGCACAGCUUCAUCGCCACCAUCGCGCGCUCGGCCGCGCCCGCCAUCUACAUCGAGAGAAUACCCAACUAGCCACGGGCCACCGCGGGGGACAGCUGGGCCACGGGACCUUCAGGCCCCGGCGCGAGGGCCGGGCCGGGCAGGGCAGGCGCUCAAAGGAACUCCAGGAUUCUCUUCGCUUUAAACUUUCAGACGAGCUCCUCGGUGUAAAUAUUAAAAGGGGGAGAGAGAGAGAGAGAGAGAGAGAGAGAGGUUGUCGAGUUCUUAUUAAAGAGAACGGCAGCGACGACGGCAGCGACAAAUAGAUUUCGCUCUAGCUACAUAAAGGGAUGGAUUAAGAGUUUUGUUUGUAUAUUUGAUUUUUCUACAUUGCACGGUUCCAGGGAAGGAGAACCACAGGUAAAAAUAAACGGGGUGGGGAGGGCGAGGCUCUGGGGAGGGUCAGCCAUGUUCCCUUAUUAAGUGUUUAUUACAAAGAUCCGUUGACUAUUUUUGUUCUUUUUAAACCAACAAAAGAUAGCUAUAUAUUUUCUUUUUUCCUUUUGGGGGUUGGU